AUCGACACACGUAGUCUAGAAUCUAAUCAACUGGAGUAAAAAAUAAAAAGGCCACCGUAACUAACGCUUGCCACCCUCACCUCAGCCGUGUCGUGACGGCGGCGACUUUUCAUCUUAGCAAUAAUCGGAGAGUCACAUACUUCUUAUCUUCUUCAACUCCUGAGCUAGGCUCUCAUCUUAUAAUAAGAUAGUUAGUAAUACAAAAAUGCAGGGGAGUAUUUGUUCGAGGUGUUUUAGUAGGGCUGGGGAAUUCUUGCUCCAGAAAGCAGAAACCAUGAUUUUGAAUUACAUCCCUUCUCGCCUUUCUUUACAUUCACAAGCCCUAAAACCCAGAAAUUAUCUCCAUCAUCAGUAUCGCAUCAGUACAAGACAUCUUUCAACUAAUAGAAACCUGUGGGAUUCUUCUAGAACAUCUUCUACUGGCUUCAGACAAAUCAAGGCUUUCGUUUCUGAUUUCCCUGCCAAAAACCCUAAUGGCCCUGAUGGGAUGCCAAAUGGGCAUGCUAUGUUUUCAACAUCUUCAAGUGAUGGCAAAAAGCCUGUAGUGAAGAAAGAUGAAACUGGGAUUGCGGCAAAAAGUGAUCAAAUAUCUGAUGCGAAAAUUAUUAGCACUCUGGCGAAAUAUUUGUGGAUGAAGGAUAAUUAUGAGUUCCGCUUCCGGGUCAUUGCUGCCUUGACUUUACUUGUUGGUGCAAAGGUUGUGAAUGUUCAAGUGCCAUUCUUGUUUAAGCUUGCUGUUGAUUGGUUGACAACAGCAACUGGCAAUGCUAACGCUCUUGCUGAGUUUACUACUGCCAAUUCUACUGCUUUAGCUCUUUUUGUUAGUCCUGCCGCGGUUUUGAUUGGAUAUGGUAUUGCACGAUCAGGGGCAUCUGCUUUCAACGAAUUGCGAACUGCAAUUUUCUCAAAGGUGGCGCUCCGCACUAUCCGGUCUGUUUCACGGAAGGUCUUUUCGCAUUUGCAUGAACUUGACCUGCAAUAUCACCUUAGUCGAGAAACGGGUGGUCUUAAUCGGAUUAUUGACCGUGGUAGCCGAGCUAUCAAUUUUAUUCUUUCAUCCAUGGUAUUCAAUGUUUUCCCAACAAUAUUAGAGAUAUCCAUGGUAUCAGGUAUACUUGCAUACAAGUUUGGAGCACCCUUUGCAUGGAUCACUUCACUGUCAGUGGCUGCAUAUAUUGCCUUCACCUUGAGUAUUACCCAGUGGCGAACUAAAUUUAGGAAGGAGAUGAAUAAAGCUGAUAAUGAUGCAAGCACAAGAGCAAUAGAUUCUCUUAUCAAUUAUGAGACUGUUAAGUACUUCAACAAUGAGGUCUAUGAAGCUGAGAAGUAUGAUCACUUCUUAAAGAGAUAUGAAGAUGCUGCCUUAAAGACCCAACGCAGUUUGGCUAUGUUAAACUUUGGGCAAAAUGCAAUAUUCAGCAUAGCUCUCUCAGCUGCUAUGGUUUUAUGUUCUAAUGGGAUUAUGAAUGGCGUCAUGACCGUUGGUGACUUGGUCAUGGUAAAUGGGCUGCUGUUCCAGCUAUCCCUUCCGCUGAAUUUCCUUGGUAGCGUAUAUCGUGAAACUGUCCAAAGUCUAGUGGACAUGAAAUCAAUGUUUCAGUUGCUAGAGGAAAGGGCUCAAAUCAGAGAUGCAAACGAUGCGAAACCUCUUAAGUUAAGUGGGGGUAGCAUUCAAUUUGAGAAUGUUCACUUCAGUUAUUUGACGGAAAGGAAGAUUCUAGACGGGAUUUCUUUUACUGUGCCAGCUGGAAAAAGUGUAGCUAUUGUAGGAACGAGUGGUAGUGGCAAAUCAACCAUUCUUAGAUUGCUUUUCAGAUUCUUCGACACCCAUUCUGGAAAUGUAAAAAUAGAUGGUCAAGAUAUUCGGAAGGUUACACUUGAGAGUCUUCGGAAAUCUAUUGGCGUUGUUCCCCAGGAUACUGUCCUAUUCAAUGACACUAUAUUUCACAAUAUCCACUAUGGACGGCUCUCUGCCUCUGAGGAGGAGGUGUACAAUGCUGCUCGGCAAGCUGCAAUCCAUGACACUAUUAUGAAAUUCCCCCAGAAGUAUGCUACAGUGGUGGGAGAACGUGGACUUAAGUUAAGUGGUGGCGAGAAGCAAAGGGUUGCACUAGCGCGUGCAUUCCUUAAAGCACCUGCUAUAUUGCUUUGUGAUGAAGCCACGAGUGCACUUGACAGCACGACAGAAUCAGAAAUAUUAAGUGCUUUGAAGUCUCUAGCAGAUAAUCGGACUGCAGUUUUUAUUGCCCAUAGGCUCACUACAGCUAUGCAAUGUGAUGAGAUCGUAGUCUUGGAGAGUGGGAAAGUGGUGGAACAAGGGUCGCAUGAAUUUCUUCUAUCUAGGCCAGGGAGGUAUGCACAACUUUGGUCACAGCAGAACACUGUUGAUGGACUCGAUGCAGCGACAUGAAUAUUCCCCUCCUGUUGUUUCAAGAAAGGAAAGACGUUACCGACUUCACCACCGAAUUCGGCCCAAUCAUCUCACUUCAACUCCAAUAAAGGAUAUCAAUUUCCGAUCCGCUUUUACCCUUGUUUACCAUAUUUAAUCCUUGAUCUAGUGGGACAGGAUUUGUAGGACAAAGAAGCCAGGCCCCAUGUUAGUUCAUGUGAAUGAAAACGACAAGCUUCGUGGUUCUCCCUACUUCCUGUUUUAUACGCUUCUUGCUUGGAUAGAGCAGGUCAAAGUAAUCUUCUCAAUGAUUAUAUUUUAGACUACCGUCAUCUAGUUUUGUUAGUGGUAGCUACGAUUAAUCGGAAGCAGCUAUGUAUUAUAUGUACUGUUAAAGUGCAGUGUUCAUUUUUUAUUUUUCUGGAGAGCCAAGGAGUAUCAACUCUAGGAUUCAUAGCUUGCUGUUAGGAUUCAUUCUUUGGACUUUGUAGUCGAUGCUAUACAUUGUGUACAACCCACAAACACACAUUACAUUGUGUGAACAUCUUAUAUGCACUUGCCCUGAUAUGGGGUAACUCCGUUAGUGAAGGAAGGCAUCUCACAUUGCCUUAA